CGCUCGGCGAGGCUUCUGUGGGAGCGCAAUCAGGGAUUGCUUUUGGUUUCCAUCUCGCAGCUGUUUGGCGCCUUGAUGAAUGUCACGACUAGGCUGCUGGAGCUCGAGGGCGAAGGCAUGCAUCCGUUCCAGGUACUGUUUGCGAGGAUGCUGCUCACGUCCAUCUUCUGCUGUGCGUGGAUGUGGUGGAAGAAAGUUCCGGAUUUCCCAUUGGGGGCGAAGGGGGUUCGAGGGCUGCUGGUGGCCAGAGGUUUAACUGGGUUCUUUGGGAUCUGGGGCAUGUAUUAUUCGUUGCUGUACCUGCCAGUCGCGGAUGCAGUCGUGCUGACGUUCCUGGCCCCGUCCGUGGCGAGUUAUGGCUGCUAUUUGUUCCUCCGCGAGCCCUUCCCUCGAUCCGCUAGAUACGCCUCCCUUAUCUCGCUAUUGGGCGUCCUCCUGAUAGCCCGACCUACCUCGUUCUUCUCCUCGUCUACGCCCCCUACAACAGAGACGAGCACUUCGUCUUCGUAUGAUGGGGACUUUCCUACCCCCACACCUGGCCAGCGCCUUUCUGCUGUCGCGGUAGCCAUGCUGGGCGUGCUGGGCUCCGCAGGAGCAUAUACCUCCAUACGCUGGAUCGGCAACCGCACCCAUGCGCUGAUAUCUGUAAACUAUUUUGCCGUAUGGUGUACCAUCGUCUCCACGCUCGCUCUUACCCUCUCCCGACCCCUGCACAUUUCCUCACUGCACUUCGCCCUCCCCAACGGCGUACGCCAGUGGAGCAUGCUCAUCUUCCUCGGGAUCUGCGGCUUCGUCAUGCAGUUCCUGCUCACGAAGGGGCUGGCUGUCGGGGACCGCGGGGACGGGGCCAGAGCCACGAAUAUGAUUUACCUCAACAUGAUUUUUGCGCUGGCGUUGGAUAAGUUGAUUUUUGGGCAGAGUCCAGGGUGGUGGAGUUUGGCGGGCAGCGGGCUGAUUCUGGGAAGUGCGGUGUAUGUUGCUGUGCAGAAACAGCAAAGUGCUGCCUUAGAUGAAGAAGGAAGUGUUGCUGGAAGUGGGAUUGAAGAGGAAGAGAUAGGUAUGCUGAGUGAGAGAGGUCGAGGGGAAAAUAGGUCAGACGAGGAA